UGUGCAGUUGUGUUUCCCACCAAGAUAUCCACGGAGCAGCAAUCCCUGAUGCUGGUGAAGAGGCUCCUGGCAGUGGCAGUGUCCUGCAUCACCUAUCUGAGAGGGAUCUUCCCUGAAAGUGCCUAUGGAACGAGAUACAUAGAUGAUGUCUGUGUCAAAAUCCUGAGGGAAGACAAGAACUGUCCUGGCUCCACUCAGCUGGUGAAAUGGAUGUUAGGAUGCUACGAUGCCUUGCAGAAGAAAUAUCUCAGACAACUUGUCCUAGCAGUCUAUACUGACCCAAAGGAUCCUCAGACAGUCACAGAGUGUUACCAUUUCAAGUUCAAGUACACCUACAAUGGGCCACUCCUGGAUUUCAGCAGUAAGGAUAAGAAAUGUGACUCCUCCAUCACCUGUGCAGACACCAAGAAAGCAAGUAUCCUCCUGAUCCGCAAGAUCUACGUCCUGAUGCAGAACCUGAGCCCACUGCCUGACGACGUCUGCCUCACCAUGAAGCUCUUGUACUACGAUGAAGUUACCCCUCCUGAUUACCAACCCCCGGGGUUCAAGGAGGCUCAGUACGAGGGGAUGAUGUUUGAGGGGGAGCCCGUGUACCUCAACGUGGGGGAAGUGCCAACACCUUUUCACACGCUGAAGGUUAAAAUCACCACGGAAAAACAGCGCAUGGAAAACACUGACCAAAACAUCCUCAAGCAGAGAGACACUGCUGAGCCUCUGCAGGAAGAUUCUGCCAUGGAUAAUGAAGUGGAAGAUAAGAAUCACACCAAUAUUUCAGAAGCUGAAGACACACACUCAGCUUGUAAAGAAGAUGAAGUCAGGAAGGCUAGAGGGACCCAAAGUCCCUGUGUCUCUAAUCCUCAGGUGGAUCAUUUGACCCAAAAAACAUCUGAACUGGUUGUGUCAGAGAGCAGGACAAGGAGUGGGAAGAUAUUCCAAAGCUGCAUUGUGAACCGGGCUGAGCUCUCAUCCAGCCAGGACAUACUGCCCAAAAGGAGGAAGCUCAGUGAGCCCAAGGAGCAGUUCUAG